AUGGGUAAUCGAAAAUGAUGCCCUAAUUUCCGUAUUAACCAACAAUUAGCUUUCAACGUUUGUUUUCAACUCUCUCUUUAAAUUCUCCCUUUUAUCAACUUAAGAAAAAGAUUAAUUAAUCUAUUGAAGUAGUCUCAGAUUCAGUGCAUGUCGUCUAUUUUUCUACACACCGAAUGAUUCUAUAUAACGAAGAAAACCAAAAAUUUGAAUUUAACUCUUGAACACUAAGGAGGGAUUAGAAGCAAUCAAAUCACCCAUAUACAAAGAUUAUUCUUCAUUGUCUAUGAUUUCGAGCAUAUUCAGUUUUCAGGUUCUAGCAUCUUCUUGAAACUCUUCUGAAGCUGGACCAAAAUUUCUCAGCUUUUCCCUCAUUAUCGUUACCCAUCAAAGUUUCCUCUUCUGGGUGUUUGUUUAUUGGAUCCGGGGCAUUGUAAGAUUUGAUCUUUUCACGAAUCAUAUCAUUUUCAAACACUCCCAUUUUCUGGGUAGUAAUUGGGAUUGGUUGCCUCGGAUUUCGCACUCUCAUUUCUAGGGUUUAUGUCGGUUGGAUUUGGUGGAUACCCUUUUGACUCCGAACGAGCUUGACCGCGAAAAGAUUGGUCCUUGGUGAUCGCAGUGUUCAAUUCAAUAAGUUCUGGGAUUGAUUCUUUUACAAAGAGAAUAUUGCCUUUUUUGCUCUGAGAUUUAUCCGUUCAUUUCUUUUAUUCCUUUUCUUUUAAUGGUGAUGCUUGAAUAUCAGAGCAAGAUUCUGGUGUUAUUAUGUUUAGAUUAAAGAGUUGUGAAGGCCCUGUGCGCUACUUGUAUCAGCAAACUUGGCAUCACCUUUAUCAUAACAAUAUUAUGGCUUAUUUAGUUGGUUAUGAUCCUUGUUCCCACUUGAGCAAGGCCUUUUCUCAGUACCCUUCUCUUUCUUUUUCUGAUCGUGGUAGCUACCUGUCUUUCCCAUUUCUCCGUAAUCUUGUUUAUGCUAAUGUUUUUGGGGUUAGCAGAAGCAUUGGUUUUGGUACUAGAGGUUGUAGCUUUGACACUAGUGGUAGCUGCAGUGGUAAUAGUGAUAGGAUCUUUGUGAGGGCAAAGACAAGGUCCCGUGGCUUUGCAUCGAAUCGCCGCCAGCCGAUGUUGGCUGAUUUGGAGCAAAGGAAUUCUGUUAGGAGUGAUGAGAGUGAUGCUACUUUGGUUAAGGUUGAUAAUGGAUCUAUAAAUGGAAGUCCUGCUAAGCCUCCUUGUUUCAGUGAUCAUCGAUUAUCCCAGAAACUUGUGGUUGCUGUUGAUGUUGAUGAGGUAUUAGGAAACUUUGUGUCAGCUCUCAACAAGUUCAUUGCAGAUCGAUAUUCAUCAAAUUAUUCAGUUUCUGAGUAUCACGUGUAUGAGUUCUGCAAGAUAUGGAAUUGUUCACGUGAUGAAGCUGAUAUCCGUGUUCACGAGUUUUUUAAGACACCAUAUUUCAAGUCAGGGAUCCAUCCUCUUCCAGGUGCUCAGAUGGCUCUUCAGAAGUUAUCAAGAUUUUGUAGCCUAUCAGUUGUAACAUCACGGCAGAAUGCAAUCAAGGACCGCACAAUUGAGUGGAUAGAGAAGAAUUAUCCAGGACUGUUUCGUGAGAUUCACUUCGGUAACCACUUUGCUCUUGAUGGUGUGUCAAGACCAAAGUCAGAAAUUUGUAGGUCUUUAAAAGCCAAGGUUCUUAUUGAUGAUAACCCACGAUAUGCCAUAGAGUGUGCUGAUGUUGGAAUUAGAGUCUUACUUUUUGAUUAUGAAAACUCAUAUCUUUGGUGCAAGAACGAGUCUGUUGAUCAGCAUCCUCUGGUGACCAAAGUUAAGAACUGGGAAGAAGUGGAACAACAAUUAGUGUCUCUGAUAGCUUCUUAGUCGUUAAAACUUUUAACAAGGAUUUGUGGAAAACCAUCGUUUCUACAUGAAGUUCUUCACUACAUGUGUUUGAAAUAUCUAAUAUUAUAUUCUUGAAGACUUGAACUCACUUGAAGUGACUGUAAGGAGACUACCACCCAAAGGUCGUAGGUAGGCUGAGGUCAAAGAACUAUAAAUGACCGGAUUAUAUUCUUUUUCCCAUUUUGAGCAACAUUGAGGAAGAUUGGAAUAGGAAGUUGUUCAUUAUCUUCAGCAGAAAAAAAAAGGAAGUUGUUCAUUAUGGUCGAAAUUAUGGUGAUUUUACCAUAUGUAGGAGUGAAAUCUAAAUCAUAUUGGUUAUACCAUCCUACAUUCAAUCUUAACCGUCAGAUUGUAUGAUAUCUGAUGUUGAACAAAGAUUAUACAUGAAAUAAAAGUGCAAAACCAUCAGGGGUUUUAGUCAUUGGAUUC